AUGUCACUUUCACCACCAGAGGUUCCAAAUGUGGUCCUCUCAUACCCCAAACCUUACAUCCUUCUCGUCACGCUCAAUCGACCCAAAGGUCUCAAUGCGAUGCAGCGACAGAUGAGUUUCGAUCUUGAUCGUCUUUGGAACUGGUACGAUAACGAACCUUCUCUACGAUGCGCCGUUAUCACAGGUACCGGUCGAGCAUUCUGCGCGGGAGCAGACUUGAAAGAGUGGAACGUCAAGAACAAUGAAGACAGCACAAAAGAGGUGGACAAGUGGGCAGACAACGGUUUCGGUGGCUUGAGUAACCGUCGUGGUAAAAAGCCCGUCAUUGCUGCUGUCAACGGUCUUUGUCUAGGUGGAGGAAUGGAAAUGAUACUUAACCUCGACAUGGUCAUCGCGAGCGACACAGCGAAAUUUGGACUUCCUGAAGUGAAGCGUGGUGUUGUGGCCUUGGCCGGAGCUUUACCCCGUCUGAUUCGCAUCGUUGGACGACAACGUGCAUCAGAAAUCGCCCUUCUUGGACGCAUGUACACGGCAGAACAAAUGCUCAACUGGGGUGUUGUGAACAAGGUUGUCUCGCUCGAGGAUGUGGUACCCGAAGCUUUGAACUGGGCGGUGGAAAUGUCUAACAAUUCUCCCGAUUCAGUUAUUGUGUCGCGCGAGGGAUUGCUGGGUGGGUGGGAGGCUGAGAACCCCAAGGAUAGUACCAACAGGAUUGAGCAUGGGAUUUAUAAGACAAUUGAGGGUGGAGAUAAUAUGAAGGAGGGCGUUAUGAGUUUUGUUGAGAAGAGGAGUGCUGUUUGGAAGAACAGUAAGCUGUAG